CAAUGGUAGCAGGCUGCCUGUGCGGAGUUAGGCCGGGGAAGAAAUGGCGGCGCCCGUCCUGAGAGUGUCCACCCCUCGAUGGGAAAGAAUAGUCCGGUUUCUCGUCUGUCUGCUGGGGAUCUUGCUAUCCUUAUACGCCUUUCAUGUAGAGAGGGAAAAGUCCAGAGACGCGAAUUAUAAGGCCAUGUGCGACCUCAGCCACUCAAUAAGCUGCUCAAAAGUCUUCACCUCCAGAUGGGGUCGAGGAUUUGGUCUUUUAGGGUCCAUCUUCGGUAACAACAGUGCGGUCAAUCAACCAAACAGCAUCUAUGGACUUUUAUUUUAUGGCUUUCAGCUUCUACUUGGUAAGAAAAGAAAUUGUCUGUUGAGUGCGAUGGCAGCCUUGUUUCUCAUGUCCACGUCGAUCCUGUCUGUGGUGGGUUCGCUCUACCUUGGCUACAUCCUUUACUUUGUUCUGAAGGACUUCUGCAUCAUCUGCGUCACCACAUAUGCACUGAACUUCAUUCUCCUCAUUCUCAACUACAAGCGGCUGGUUUACUUGAAUGAGGCCUGGAAGCAGCAGCUCCAAGCUAAGCAGGCCUAAAGAAAACAACAAAACAACAAAACAAGAACAGAAGGAAGAUACAAACAGGAAAAAAAAGAGACACAGAGAGAGAGAGAGAAAGAGAAAAAAUGAGACCUCUGAACUUUUGACUUGCCACCAGGAAACCUUGCUUCCAAACAAUGUUUAUUCUGCCGUGUGUUUAAACAACAACAACAACAACAAAAAAAAAGAAAAAGAGAAAUGAAAAUAAUUAAAAAAAAAAAAAAAAGCAGA